CGCCUCACACAAUGCGCGCGCAGUUCGCGGCGUGGCCGCCGGCGGCGCUGCAGCGCCCGCCCCGUGGGGGUGCCCGGAUGUGGCCGCGCCGGAAGAGAAGCGCGUCUCCUCAGGGCCCGCCAUCUUGUGCGGCAGCGAGCAGGGCGCGGGGGGCCCGGUAGCAUCCGCGCAGGAUCCCGCCGACGGGGGCCCAUCAUGCCCGGACACCUGCAGGAGGGCUUCGGGUGCGUCGUCACCAACCGCUUCGAUCAGCUCUUCGAUGACGAGUCCGACCCCUUCGAGGUGCUGCGCGCGGCGGAGAGCCGGAGGAAGGAGAGCGGCGGCGGCGGCGGCGGGAGCCAAGCGGGCGGCGGGGCCCGCGGCCCGGCGGGCGCCCAGAGCGGGCCUGAUGUUUCAGGGAUAAGGAGGAUUGGCAGGAGGCCUGAUCAGCAGCAGCAGCAGCAGCAGCAGGGCGAAGGCAAACCCAUCGACAGGAGACCCGAGCGACGACCUCCCCGCGAGCGCCGCUUCGAGAAACCCGCCGAGGAGAAGGGCGAGGGAGGAGAGUUCUCUGUGGAUAAACCCAUCCUGGAGCGACCCAUGCGUGGCCGUGGCGGCCUGGGCCGGGGCCGCGGGCGCGGGCGCGGCAUGGGCCGAGGAGACGGCUUUGACUCUCGCGGCAAGCGGGAAUUCGACAGACACAGCGGCAGCGAUAGAUCCGGCCUAAAGCACGAGGACAAGCGCGGUGGCAGCGGCUCGCACAACUGGGGAACCGUCAAAGACGAGCUAACUGAGUUGGAUCAAUCAGCUGUGACUGAGGAAACGCCGGAGGGAGAGGAGCAUCCGCCUGCUGAUUCUGAAAACAAAGAGAAUGAGGUUGAAGAAGUCAAGGAAGAAGGCCCCAAGGAGAUGACCCUGGAUGAGUGGAAAGCCAUUCAAAGCAAGGAUCGUGCAAAAGUCGAGUUCAACAUCCGCAAACCAAACGAGGGAGCUGAUGGGCAGUGGAAAAAGGGAUUUGUGCUCCACAAGUCAAAGAGUGAGGAGACAAAGGCGAUGACAGAAAUGCAGGGGAGUCUGCUGGAUUCAAAUGAGGCUCACGCUGAGGACUCGGUCAUGGAUCACCACUUCCGCAAGCCCGCCAACGACAUCACAUCCCAGCUGGAGAUCAACUUUGGAGACCUGGGCCGCCCCGGGCGCGGCGGCAGAGGGGGCCGGGGCGGCCGGGGCCGCGGGGGCAGGGCCAGCCGUGGGGGCAGGACUGACAAGUUGGUCAAGGAGUUUGAUGUGAUCCACACGCCCAACCAGUCAAGUGCUUCUGCUCCUGACGUAGAUGACCCAGAGGCUUUCCCAGCUCUGUCCUAAACUGGAUGUCAUAAAGCCAACCCUGCCCUGGUCGGGCCUUCCUCUCCGAGGCUUGCAUGCUUAAGGAUCCUAAAACAACUAAGAAAUUGAAAAAAAAAAACAAAACAAAACAAAAAAAAGAGACUGUCAUUCAUACCAUUCACACCUAAAGACUGAAUUUUAUCUGUUUUGAAAAUGAACUUCUCUCGCUACACAGAAGCAACAAUAUGGUAGUCAAGUUUUGUAUUUAGAAAUGUAAUGGUAGCAGGGAUGUUUUCAUAAUUUUUUCAGAGAUUAUGCAUUCUUCACGGAUACUUUUUUGUAUUGCUGCUUGAAAAUAUGCGUUUCCAAACUUGAAAUAUAGGUGUGAACAGUGUGUACCAGUUAAAA